AUGUGCGUAGUGUUCCGUGCUUGUUCUAUCUCAAAACAUUUGUGUUCAACACCUAUUAAAUGGUCAUACAUAAAACAUGAGUUCGGUGAAGCGGAUUUUCUUCCUGGGCCACUUAACAGUUAUGGCUUGGAGCAGGAAGCCUUUCUCAUCUUCCUGGGAUUAUUUGCGGUAGCGGCCGCCUACCCUGGACUCGUCCACGAGGAGAUACCACAGCUGGAUCAUCAAUCACUGAUCGGCGAAACAGGACACCAUCAUCAGAUCCAACACGAGCACGCGAAAUCACACCAAUCCAUCAAAUUUGAACACUUCCACCCGGUCCCCGUUUACGUAAAGAAGGAGCACAGCCAUUUACUCCACCACCCUCUUGAAAAAGGACAAAGCGAGUCAAACUUGAAGCAGAUUCACCCAGAGACUCAGCAAAUCCACGGCCACGGUCUAGUUCUUGAAGACCACAGGUUAAACACAGACCAUCUUGCUGGUUUCGCCCAUGGAGGUAUAGAACACGGUGAUUUCUCAGCGGGCUUAGACCAUGGAAGUCUGGAGCACGCUGGUUACCAAGGCGUGCAGCACGGCUACGAAGGUGGUUAUGAGCAGUUCGCUGGCGGAUAUGAGAGCAACGAGGGUCUCAAAGCAUAUGCCGAACACCAGCCUGAACUCCAGGGUAAUUAUGGUCAUGCACAGGUGUCAGGCGGCAGUGAAGAAGGACACGGAUACGGUCACUAUUAA